UGCGUAUAAUUAUGAAAACGAAAGCCCCACGAACCCGGACUGGAGGGAUCCAUCCAGGUCCGUAAUACGAAAGCAAUUUUGGCCUAGCUGAGAGCAUAGUGCAACUCAUUCUGGAUCAACUGGUUGUACAGUGCCUCUGUUAAAGCCGGGAUUGCACUCGCAGUAGAAUCACCCAACAAACCCAUUUCCUGCAAGGCGGAUUCCAGUUGACGGAGAGAGAAGAGAGAGAGAGAGAGAGCUCAAUCCAUGGACCAAAGCAAAUGAGAAGUUCCCUUUUCAUCCAUUUAUAUCUGGUGCCAUAACGCAUAAAAGUAAUAUGCCAUUGAUGAUCAGUGCUUAAUGGAGUCUCCUGACAACAAAACAAGGGUCCCAUGCAGGAUUGGAGAUCGAUCAACCAGUGAUGUUGUUGUAAGAUUACGAACUCAAGAAGGCCGAGAUGAUUGGGUAUACUGUCAUUCCCAUGUCCUUACAAAGAACAGCAAGUAUUUUGCUGACCGUUUAUCUGAGAAUUGGCCUACCUGUCAGAUUCUUGAUUCACGCAACUGUGUUGAAGUUUACUGUCAAGAAACUGACAUGGACUACCAUAUUAGUGUCUUACGCCUAUUAUAUGCUACUAUGGAUGGUCCAAUGACUGACAUGUGUCAUGGUGUUAGAAAUGCUCUUGGCACUCUUCGGGUGGCCAAUGAGCUUGGAUGCCCACAAAUAAUUGCUGCUUGUGUGGAAUACUUGGAAGCUGUCCCUUGGGAAGAAGCCGAGGAGGAGGAGAUUCUAAGAGUCAUACCAGGCAUGGGAUCACAAGCAGAACUAAUCCUUGCCCGUCUCCAACCAGUUAAUGUAGCAGCUAUUGUCAGGAUUUUCGUCUCAGCCUUACGUUUUGCAACAUCGUCCCCCUCUUCAUCCAUGUUUGAUUUAAAGACCUCAGCUCAAGAGCAGCUCGAGUACAUGCUUACUGAAGAUGAUGAUGCCCCUUUACUAACAGCUGAUGAUGAGAUAAAAUCAGAAGUAAGAGAAUGUGUGAGGAACCUGUUAGCCAGAUUUAACAAUCUAUUAGAAUCUUUGCAAUGUGAGUCCGACCAAGUUUCUGCAGUAUGGAAAAUGGCGUCAUUCCAAUCCUAUUUAACAGACUUGUCAUGGGCUUGUCAGAUAUUGACCAAAUUGGAUAUAAUGAGAGAAAUUGUUGUAAGUUGGAUGGAGGCAUCAGAAAGUGUAGUGAAGGUUGUUGAGCAAGCUAGUCCGGCAAAGACAAAAUUGAAGGUUAUUGAGCUCACAGCAAAGAUUUUAGAGGCGAUGGGGUAUGGUACUGUAAUUUUGUCCACUGCAAAACGCCUUAACAUGGUGAAGGUCUGGCUUCCGUUUGUGAGGGUAAUGAGGCCUUUGAUUGAUUCUGCCUCGGCUGAUCAUGGGGAUGGUCUAGAACUUAAAGUGGAUGGUGAGUUAUGGCAAUCCUUGGAGUCGGCAUUCGUUUCAAUCAUUCUUGCAUUGCCAUCUGGGGACCAGGCAGAGAUUUUGACCGAGUGGUUGGAAAAUAAGCAUAUUCACUACCCGGACCUGACGGAGGCAUUUGAGGUGUGGUGUUACAGGUCCAAGGUUGCCAAGAGAAGACUAGCAUUAUUGGGGGCAGCCAAGGUAUGACCAAAAUCCUAUUACCCUUUUCUCCGCUGUUUUUUUGCCCGCUAAUUGCACUGGAAAGUGACCAGAGCGCGGCUUAGAACUGCAAAUAGUGCAGAAGAUGUUGCAUCUAAAUCAGUGACUUGUACUUUAUUCUCAUUCUUCCAGAAUGACAAUGGUAGUACUGAGGCCCUUGUAAAUCAAUUGAUGCUAUGUCUUGCCCAAUUGUAUAUUUUUUUAUAGCUAUCUUAGAGCGAUCCAGACAAAGUUACAUGGAUGUAUCAUCUGCUGGAACAUAACAUGAAGAUUCUAAAUUUGUAUAAUUUAAAUUUUGUCAUCUGAACAGAUGGAUCUUUUUUGAGUUGAGCCAUAUGUUUUAGUGAACUUGUA